UUUGCUGAGAAUCGGCCCGUUGCUUGAGGGUGGUGUGAAUUUAUUGAGAAUAAUAACGAAAUAAUGAUUUCAAAUAGAAAUAUACAAUAAAUUUUGUUGUAGUGCUUACUGUUUUAUUCUGAAAACCGUUUUUUGCGUCUCCCUAGUUCUGCUAAUGGUGCUUAAUCUACAUUUCCCGUUUCGUCUACUCGAUCUAAUCUAAACAGAAAAUGGCCGACGGUGUUGGUGCGGGUGUCUCCUUUGUUUAGACCUGAAUUUUAGUGAAUAUAAGUGAUAAAAGAAAUAAUGCCUAGUGCCUCGUUUUCGUCUUCGCGUUCUUACGUACGUAGAUCGCGGAGAAAAGGCGGUCAUCGAAUACCACUACCUUCUAGGACACAAUCGAUGGCAAGCCAUAAUGAUACACCAAAAUUAUCAUAACCCAACUGCAAAAAAUGGUUUUCGAUGUAGUCUCCUUUUAUAUAAAUUUUAAAUUACACAUUAAAAAUUGACAAAAGGCAUACAAAAUGCCGAAAGCACGGAACAAAAGUACAAGAAGGAAAGGAAGGAAGAACAAACCUAUUAAGAAAGGUGAACCAUGUGAGUCAGUUCCAAUACCCAACAACGUCACGGGCAGUGCGAUGGCGGCGACGGCCGCGUGUGCUGGCCCGAGCGGUGGGGGCGGAGCACCACCCGUACCUGCUGCUGCACCCGCCACCACCGCCGGCCAUCAUAGCCCUUACGACCUGCGCCGUAAGUCGCCGCCAGCUUAUCACGAGCCUGGACCUUCAGGUGCUUGCUCAUUGCCGGCCAGGAAGAGACCUAGAACAUCACUCUCUCAAGGCGUGGACGUGUGCAAUGUCUCGCAGUACUUGCAAUAUGAGCUGCCGGAUGAAGUUUUGCUCUGUAUCCUGUCAUACUUGACUGAACGCGACCUGUGCCGUGUUGCUCAAGUCUGCAAGAGAUUUAAUACAAUCGCGAAUGAUACUGAACUAUGGAAAAGUUUAUAUCAGUCUGUGUUUGAGUAUGACACUCCACUGAUGCACCCAGCACCGUGCCAGUUUGAGUUUGUAGCGCCUGAUGAGUGCGACGCAGACAACCCAUGGAAGGAGAGCUUUCGUCAGCUCUACUAUGGCAUACACGUCCGCCCUAGCUUUCGUCUAAAGAAGGAUUCGCGUAUCAGGCAUUUUAAUACAAUCAGGACUGCACUGGAAUUCGUGGAGGAGCGGACAGGCAGCAGUGUAACCGCUAGUACGAAUACCGCGGGCCCCACCACGAGCAGCUCUAGCAGUAGUGCCGCAAGCACAACCAACACCAGCAACAGUAAUGUGUGCUCGUGCAACCCCACUGGCGCUUGUACUUGUCGCCGCCCGCAACCAACCCACCAACCGGCGCUAGUCUUCAUACACGCUGGACUCUAUCAAGAGGAAUGUCUUGCUAUUGAUUCUGAUGUGCAGCUUAUCGGUUGUGCGACGGGCAAUGUAGCGGAAUCUGUAGUACUUGAGCGUGAAGCGGAAUCGACGCUGACGUUUGCAGAGGGAGCGACUCGGGCUUAUGCCGGACACAUGACGCUCAAGUUCUCACCGGAUGCAACAAGUACCAUGCAGCAUCAUAAGCACUUCUGUCUCGAGGUCUCAGAUAACUGUUCACCCACAAUCGAUCACUGUAUUAUCAGGAGCGCUAGUGUUGUGGGUGCAGCAGUGUGCGUUAGCGGUGCCGGCGCGAAUCCCGUAAUCAAGCACUGUGACAUUAGUGACUGCGAGAACGUUGGCCUCUACGUCACAGACUACGCGCAAGGCGCUUAUCAGGAUAAUGAAAUCUCAAGAAACGCCCUUGCUGGCAUAUGGGUCAAAAAUUUUGCCAACCCUAUUAUGCGUCGUAACCAUAUACAUCACGGACGUGACGUCGGUAUAUUUACGUUCGAGAAUGGAUUGGGUUACUUUGAAGCCAACGAUAUUCACAACAAUAGAAUCGCCGGUUUCGAAGUUAAGGCCGGCGCGAACCCCACCGUAGUGCACUGCGAGAUCCACCACGGUCAAACUGGUGGUAUUUACGUGCACGAAUCUGGUUUAGGCCAGUUUAUUGAUAACAAGAUACAUUCGAAUAACUUUGCCGGCGUAUGGAUAACGUCCAACAGCAACCCCACCAUACGGCGUAAUGAAAUAUAUAAUGGGCAUCAAGGAGGCGUGUACAUAUUUGGCGAAGGACGAGGUCUCAUUGAACAUAAUAAUAUAUAUGGAAAUGCUCUUGCUGGUAUACAGAUACGCACAAACAGUGAUCCUAUUGUGAGACAUAAUAAGAUUCAUCACGGGCAGCAUGGAGGUAUAUACGUACAUGAAAAAGGUCAAGGACUCAUUGAAGAGAAUGAAGUUUAUGCCAACACAUUAGCUGGUGUUUGGAUAACUACUGGUUCCACUCCUGUUCUGCGCCGCAACCGUAUACAUUCAGGAAAACAGGUUGGUGUAUACUUCUAUGACAAUGGUCACGGCAAAUUAGAAGACAAUGACAUAUUCAACCACCUAUACUCUGGAGUUCAGAUUAGGACAGGCAGCAACCCUGUUAUCAGAGGAAACAAAAUUUGGGGUGGUCAGAAUGGUGGUGUACUUGUAUACAACGGGGGCCUCGGAUUGUUGGAGCAGAACGAGAUAUUCGAUAAUGCGAUGGCCGGUGUAUGGAUUAAGACUGAUUCAAACCCAACGCUCAAGAGGAAUAAGAUCUUCGACGGACGUGACGGGGGCAUUUGUAUUUUUAAUGGUGGGAAGGGAGUGUUAGAAGAGAAUGACAUAUUUCACAACGCGCAAGCAGGCGUCCUGAUCUCAACGCAGAGCCAUCCAGUAUUACGUCGGAACAGGAUCUUUGACGGACUGGCCGCCGGUGUCGAGAUUACUAAUAAUGCGACCGCCACCCUAGAACAUAAUCAGAUAUUUAAUAACAGAUUCGGAGGUCUGUGUCUGGCUUCUGGCGUUACUCCUUUAGUUAGGGGAAAUAAGAUAUUCAGCAACCAAGACGCCGUUGAAAAGGCUGUCGGCGGUGGACAGUGUCUCUACAAAAUCUCUUCUUAUACUUCCUUUCCGAUGCACGAUUUCUAUAGGUGCCAGACGUGCAAUACUACAGACCGCAAUGCAAUCUGCGUGAACUGCAUCAAAACGUGCCAUUCCGGUCAUGACGUCGAAUUUAUUCGUCAUGACAGGUUCUUCUGUGACUGCGGCGCGGGCACGCUGUCCAACCAGUGCCAGCUGCAGGGCGAGCCCACGCAGGACACGGACACGCUGUACGACUCGGCCGCACCCAUGGAGUCGCACACGCUGAUGGUCAACUGAUGUCGCCGCCGCAACCCGCACUACUAUUUUUUAUUACCUAAAACUUCCUAGAUGUACGUUCCUACGGGAAGUCGCCGAUCUGUCCGGCCGUUUGUCUAUAUUCGUAAUCGCGUUUCGAACGUUGUCGCUGUCUCUAUGUGUAGUAAAUUUUGUAAUCGUCGGUACUUAAAACUGUGUUUCAUCGAGUAGUAGUAUCGUUGCAUUCCCAAAUUGUAAUCGUACCGUUAGAUCAAGAUAUCACGUUUAGAAUAAUGCUAUUCAUUUUGUAAAAUUAACUGGUAGUGAGGUACGUAAUAUCGACUAGUUUGGAUAAUCGUCGAUGUUUUAUAAUUAUUUUGUUAUCACCGGAAACUUAUUAUUCCCAUAUAAUUACAAUCUGAAUGGCGACUCGCUGUCAGGACGGCUGAACAUUCAUCGAUAUAAACUGUAAAUUUUAUCUAUUGACGACGAUAUACUUGUAUUAUUUGUUGGGGCAUUCGUUUGGCUAUCCUGGCGGCGAUGUUUUAUCCUUGAGACGUUUUAGUUAAUAAAGUGUUAGAAGUGCGCUAUGUUUAAAUUAUGUAAGUUAAGUGUAGUGCGGCCGCGGUCGUGGUGGCACACGCGGCAUCUAAUUUCUCGUUUAGGAGUCCGCCUUGCCUAACUGUUUCGGCCCUCCUAAUGCGCUUUGUAAAUAUUUAUGUCACACAAUAAUCGAAAUGUAGUAAUUAAUGUAUUUGUAUCAUUAUAUUUUUAUUAUUGAUCACAAUAUGUAUGUUCGUUAAUGUAAGUAACGGUAAGAAGAAUGGGAGCGAGACGCCGCUCGUCAGCUUCGUGUUGGUAAAAGACCACUAUUACGUUGAGCCAGUAGAUAGUGUGAAAGGAAAUGGUCUCUGAUAUAUAUAUAUAUAUUCAAAUUGAGUACGAAUACACAAUGCGUAUUGAAUUGGAGAAGAUCUUAGGUACAAUUGAUAUUUUUAUUGUUAAUUUAAAUUUUGGUAUUGAUAUGGAUCGAAAAGCAAUGCGUGAAACUGGAAUGUGCCGUGCGUUAGCGGCCGGAGUGCUGAUAGUGAUAAGUUAGCCGAUAAGCUAUAAGAAAUCUAAAUUACUCAGUAAUCACUAUUGCAAGUUUCGAAUUGUUAAAUUAUCCUCCAUAGCACGGUCUGUUCUGAUUCUGCUUUUAUAAUCCUCAAUCUGUGAUCAUCGCUAAACGUGUUAGUGAACAUAAACUUAGUUUAAAACCACGCGUAUCAGAAUUGUGACAUUAUUAUUAUUAGUUCGUUGAAAGGAUAAAAUGCUUUAUAUUAUAUAUUUUGCUCCUACUAAUACUGAGAUAAAACGAGGAUGAAUUUACAAGGUAGUUGUUAAUUACGUGAUUUCUACUUUACAUUUAAAAGGCUUAAUGUUAAGAAUAGCAAAAAAUUAUUAGUAAAGUUAUCUUAUACAUUAAAGAGAACUUAAAUUUUGUUUUCCAUUUACCAAU